AAAAUCCAACGGUCCAGAUUGAGUCUUCCUCCUCCGCCUCCAUUUUUUGCUCCCCUCUUAACUCCCUCCUUCCCCCUCUCUCUCUAUAUUCUCUUCUGCUUCCUUCUUUUUUCACUGGUUCUCUCUGUGUUUUCGCAUUUCCUUUCAAUUUUUCUUUCUAUCUCUGAAACCAUGUCUUCCGCCGAGAAGGAGAGAGAGACCCAGGUCUACAUGGCCAAGCUCGCCGAGCAGGCCGAGCGCUAUGACGAAAUGGUUGAGUGUAUGAAGAAUAUCGCGAAGCUGGACCUUGAGCUAACUGUAGAGGAGAGGAACCUUCUUUCUGUGGGGUACAAAAAUGUGAUUGGAGCUCGGCGAGCCUCUUGGCGCAUCAUGUCUUCGAUUGAGCAGAAAGAGGAGUCCAAGGGGAACGAGAACAUUGUGAAAUUGAUAAAGGGCUACCGCCAGAAAGUAGAGGAGGAGCUUUCGAAGAUUUGUGGUGAUAUUCUUUCUAUCAUAGACAAGCAUUUAAUCCCUCAUUCCACAUCUGCAGAAGCCACUGUUUUCUACUACAAGAUGAAAGGUGACUACUAUCGUUAUCUUGCUGAGUUCAAGACAGAUCAAGAUAGAAAAGAGGCUGCUGAUCAGUCGUUGAAGGGAUAUGAGGCUGCCUCAGGCACUGCGAAUACCGAACUCCCAUCGACCCACCCCAUCCGUCUUGGCCUCGCUCUCAACUUUUCUGUCUUCUACUACGAGAUUAUGAAUUCGCCUGAGAGAGCUUGCCAUUUGGCUAAACAAGCUUUUGAUGAGGCAAUUGCGGAGUUGGAUACCUUGAGUGAGGAAUCAUACAAGGAUAGCACUCUGAUCAUGCAGCUGUUGAGAGACAACCUCACCCUCUGGACCUCAGAUUUGCCUGAAGAUGGCGGUGAAGAAAACUUCAAACCUGAGGAUUCCAAGCCUGCUGAACCUGAGGCCCAGCAAGCCAAAUGAGAGAGAGCCCCUCAACGCAUCAUCGAGAGAUUGGAAUUCUUUCGUAAGAGAACUUGAAGAAUAGCUCUACAGUGUGGGAUUUUGGACUGCACAAUCAAAUUUCUUGCGGCGUUUUUAUUCAUUUGGUCCAACUAAAGCUGGAAGGAAAGCUGGAGUUUUUUAGCCAAGCUUUUGUUUCAAGUUAAAUUCAUCUCUUUCCCCUCAUUUCGUGUUACUCAUUCGUAAAACUAAGUGAGCUUUGAAUCAUAACAUAUCUAUUAUUGUAAUACACUUUUAUGAUAGUAUCGAUUAUAUCCACAAACUUAUGUCCUUUUC